UGUAAUUGCGACGUGUUUACAAUUAUAAAUGAAUAAUGAAAGAGUUGAAAAAAUUGUAUUAGGGCUAAGGAAGGAGAAGAGGAUGGAGAGAAAGGAGGAAGUGGUGGUUGGUGUGCCGGUGUAUGAAAACGAAUACCAGAGGGGGAUGAUCCCUCCUUAUGCGGUGGUCGGAGAUCCCAAGGGCAUCCCCAUCCACCAGACAAUUUACAGGGACACUCCUGCUCCGUUCAACUGCCCUUACUGUGGUGCUACUGCUCUCACUACCGUCAGAUCAAAGCCCAGUUUAGCUGCAUUUGUUGGAUGCUUGAUGCCCAUGAUGCUUGGAGUUUGCUUUCUUUUCCCCUCAAUGGACUGCCUUUGGCAUAAAUAUCACUACUGUCCUAAAUGUCAAGAAAAGGUCGCUGACUUUGAGAAAUCAGAUCCCUGUGCUGUCAUGGAUCCACCACACUGGACUCAGGACAGCUUUGCAUUGGCUGGGUAGGAUCAUAAUUCUGCUUCUGCCAUUUGCGCUUGCAUUUUCUGCAACCUGUAACUUCAUAGACAUAUCUUAAGAAUUAGCUAUUACGUGAGCAUUGGACAAAAAUUGAAUACUUGUUAUUUACCAUUCUCGAAUUUCAUCGAAAAUAGAAUUAUCUACUUGUACAUCUUUUGUUGCACAGCUAUAAUAAACCCAGCUAUAAUAAACUCAUCUUUUGUUAAUAUUAUACUUCAA